UACGCUGCUCUGCGCACAUGCGCAGUGAGAGACGCGUUUGUAAGAUGGCGGUGUGAGCGCGCGGCCUUCUUCUGUAUGCGCGAGAUUCCCGCGGUCAUCAUUCAAACAUUUGAUACAGUGUGUGUGGCGCGAACGGUUGGCGGGAGACAGUGAGAGCUGAGCUGUGAUGGCCAAGCGGAUUGCUGAAAAAGAGUUGACGGACAGGAACUGGGAUCAGGAAGAUGAAGGCGAGGAGGCAGGAACAUUUUCAAUUGCGAGUGAAGAUGUGAUGAAAAAUCGCGCCAUCAAGAAAGCCAGGCGUCGUAACGUAGGAGCGGAGGGAGAGAGUGGUGGGGCUUUCAAAGAGUUUAAGGGGUUCUCUCUGACCCCGACCGCAGGGACCUCGUCGUUCUCGGGCUUUGGUAAUGGUGCUGGUUUCAAACCUAUGUCCACCUUGACCAAUGGCAGCGUAGCGUCGGUGGCCCCAUCCUUUACUGGUUUCAAUGUUCCAACAUCUGCUAAAACUAAUAGCGGUCCCUUAACGUUCAACAGCUCCACCCCCUCCAAACCCACAGACGGUGAUGUCACCUCUAAUGGCUCCACCCCCAGCAGUAAAGAAUACAACCGCCAGCUCACUGCACUAAACUGCUCCGUACGCGACUGGAUCACCAAGCAUGUCAAUGACAACCCCCUGUGUGACCUCAACCCCAUCUUCCGUGACUACGAGAGACACCUGGCCAGCAUCGAAAAGAAAUACGGCAUCGGUGCGGAGAGCACGUCGUUCGGAGGGGAGCAGAAGCAGCUUCUGACUAGCGGAACAGCUGCUUCUGUUUCCGGCACGAGUGCUGCCGUGACUGCGUCUGUCAGUGGUGCAGCACCACAGCUCUUUUCAUUUAAAGACAAGGAUGCUGCUGCAGCAGACAAACCUACAGUCGCGGCUCCUCCCGGCGUCUCCUUUAAUUUCGGCCAGAAGGUAGACUGCUCUGUGCUUGGCGCGCUUGCUUCCAGCGGAGCACCGUCGUUCUCGUUUUCUUCCUCUUCAGGCGUGUCUGUGUUCGGAACGGCGGCCAGUAGUGUCAGUCCUGCCAUGCCAUCAUCCUCUGUGAAUGCGGCCAGCAACAGCCAGACUGCAGAUGAGAAUGGGGAGGAAUCAGAGGAGCCGCCUGUUCCUGUGGUAAAAGAGAUUAAGGAGAAAGACGCCUUCUACUCCAAAAAGUGUAAGUUGUUUUAUAAGAAAGACGGAGAGUUUAAGGAGAAGGGGGUCGGAACACUGCAUCUGAAGAUGGUGGCUGAGAGCAAACUUCAGCUUUUAGUGCGAGCCGACACCAACCUGGGGAACAUCUUGUUGAACAUCAUGGUGCCCUCUACCAUGCCCUGCUCACGAACUGGCAAAAACAACGUGAUGGUGGUGUGCGUGCCAAACCCUCCGGUGGACGACAAGAACCCCGGCACUCCUGUCCCGGUGCUCAUACGCGUGAAAACGGCAGAGGACGCAGAUGAGCUGCAUCAAAUCCUGCAAGAAAAAAAAGCCUAAAGCGGCAUCCACCCCCCCACUCAUAUGUGUUUGACUGAACGUGGCUCGUACGACUCCAGUAACACAACACGACACACACAUCUGAUCUAGAACUGUUUGUCUACGUCCUGUAAAUCGUCUAGAAGAGUGACGGAAACCAAUCGGUUCGCCUACUGUGAAAUCACUCGCGGUCCUACUGUAAACGCUGCUCAUCGUAUCAGAGAUGCUUGAGAAGUCGAGCGAUAACGAGGAAGGCCACAUUUCGUUAUAGCAAAGACACGAGUCUGGAUUCAUCAACAUUCCUUUGAGUUUUAUUUUAGCUGCUAUACAAGGAAUUCUUCAAGGUUUAGAUGGAGCAGACUGUUUUACAAAAAUCAUUUUGUCGAUUUAAUUUUAAAUUCUUUGACUUGAGUAUGGAGAUGUGUACGGUUUUCCGUGCUUGCAGGAGAGGUUGUUUAGAGGUCAGUAUUACAUCGAAGAUCUUGAAAUAUAAUUUUUUUUUUUUUUUUUCCCCAAAAUCCGAAAAUUUCCUCUGCUCUAAUUAAAAGUACUGUUCGAGAAAUAAGUGAUCAGAUAGACUUGGUUAUUUUUUUUUAUAUACACACACAGCUCAUUUUUUUCUCUCAGUACUUUCUGUGAUGGUAUUUAUUUUGGAUUAUGGCAUGUGUGGAUGUUGUGUUCUGUACAUUGAAUGAUACGAUGUAUGUUAACCACAGACCCGCUGAGGUGUAAAAACGAAUGCUUUAUGGCAAUCUGUUCUGAAAGUUAUCUCUGGAAGUUUUUUUUAUUAUUAUUCUUUCCCCUGUAAGUGGCCUUUUUACUGCCUUACAUGAUGAGGUAUGUGUUUUAAGUGUUGAGCAGCACUAGAUCUACCUUGCAUUCAUUUACUGGUGAAUAAAUCAAAAGAACCUGAUGCGAUUGGUUUCAUUUGCAGCACACGCAUGAUGUAAAUCACUUUUUGUUUUGUACAAAUGGUUAUCCUACUUAUUGAAUUUUAAAGAUUAAAAAUAGUGUUAUAAUUGACA